AGCAGCUCACGUACACGGGCUCCAAGUACGAUGCGAGAUUGCUCGAGGACUUGUUUCGCGAGCAGUACGGCAACGGCUCGCUCCUCGACACUCCAGCCAGACCCUUCUGCUUCAUGACCUCCACCCUCGCCUCUGUUGUCCCAGCUCAGCCCUUCAUCUGGCGCAACUACGCGUAUCCUCUUGACGCCUGCUCGCGCUACCCGGGAACGUGCGACGCUUCUCUCGUUACCGCACUGCGAGCGACCUCUGCGGCACCCAGCUACUUCGACGAUGUCCAGCACGAGCUGGGAAGGCACCUGGACGGAGGAUGCGUUGCCAACAACCCUGCGGCCAUUGGGAUACACGAAGCCAAGUGUCUGUUCCCCAACACACCCAUCGAGUGUGUGGUAUCGCUUGCUACAGGUUCCCCUCCUGUCCGGGCGCUUCCUGGAGCAGGAGUUGGAUGGCAGGGGGUCUUGAAUACAGUAAUCUACAGCGCCAGCAGCGUGUCGAGAAUCGCUGACUGUCUGGAAGACGCGAUGGCGGAGGGAAGUUACUACCGCUUCUCGCCCGAGGGGGAUGCGUUUGACGUUCCGCUGGACCAGACGAACCGAGGGAAGAUAGAAGAGCUGCAGGGAGCGACGCAUCAGUACAUCAGCAUGCAGGCCUCCAAGUUCCACUCGCUCGCUCACAAGCUGCUCCUGCCUCGCAGAUGAAGUAGAAACAUAAGAUGGUAACAUGUGCAGUAAAACGAUACACCUG